AUGCUCUGCUGGUCAUUAAACUGCCUGUCCCAGAGCGCCGUCUUCCCCCUUUGUGGGAGGCAAGUGGUUGCUCUUCAGCAGCACUUAGUGUCUUCACCGCAGAUUGAACGCUGCCAUGAUCGUGACCGCGCCGUGAGCCCCGCUGAGUUAAAGGAGAGACGAGGAGCUCAGAGGAGCGUCACUAAAUGCAGGCGUACGCUCAGAGACGGCGAGGAAUGUCUGAGAGAUUGGGAGGCUGGAGUGGAUAACAGAGCAGCUAGUAAGAGUUUCCCUCAGCUGGGAGACGGCGUUUGGUUCGCUUAUCUCCAGAGAUACUUAAUGGAAGGAAAAUUUACAUCGCCAACAGCCAUCAGAGCACUCUGUUUUACAAGUCACCUUGUUAAACCAUCAAGUGUUUUAUGUGCCCAGACAGAGAGGGUUUUCACGUUGUCAAAAGAGACAUUGAGCAGCUUCAGUCUGGCCAACAGAUUUUUCAUUUCAUCAGCGCCUUAA